AUGGAGAAUGAUUCUAAAGACAAUGCUCUUUGUAUGAAUGAAACACAACUGGUGUCUAAGUUUUGGGCAUCGGUUACUGAAUUCUGCUUUGCCUCUCAUGAUGUGAACUUGGAAUAUCAAACCGUACAUUUACUCGUCCAGUUGAUGAGUAAAUCUUCACUUCAUGUUCAUGUCUGGGAUGCACUUCGACGUACACGUCUCUUAUGUGUUGUAGUACAAACAUUAGGAUCUCAGGUACGAUUACAAAAUCUUGUAUUAAGGAGUGAUUAUAUACAGGAUUAUAUGCGAGUGAUUGAACUAGUUUCAGAAGCAAAUCCACGUGAAUGUAUGCGGUAUCUUAUUAUGGAAGAAUUUAAUUUUUCAGGAAUUCAUUCAUUUUUACCACUUCUAAUGCAACUUUCAUUAUUUUCUAAGGAAUUGGAUUCUUAUAGAUUCUGUAUUGGUUCCUUUGUACGUACAGUAUCAUUUUUGCUAUCAGAUGCGAACAAUUGUAGACUUCUUUCUCGUAUGAAUCCAUCACCUAUUCAAAUGUUAAUUGAAUCAUUAAGUAAUGUACCAUCAGACCGAUAUGAUGCACAUCUUCUUAUAUUACGGGGUAUACUUCAAAUAUUAUUGUAUACAUCUAAUUUUACAAAGUUAUGGGUAGAAGAAUUUUCUCUCUUUAGUGGACCUUCCGUAUGUUUAUCGACCAUUGUACAGUACUGUAGUCAUAAUGAAGAUCCAAAUACUCCAUUGAAUGAAGAGAGUACCGUAUUAUUUGAUAUUCUUUCUUUACUUCUUUCAUUACCAGAUAGUGGAAGAGGAUCUAGUUAUUCUCUUUAUUUAUAUUUAAGAGCAUCCCAUUGGGAAUCAGAAGAUAUAGAACCAGAUCAAUCUGUAUAUAGUGCUACCAUAGGAUUAUUUGGAUUACGUGUAAUUUUACGAGCUUCUCUUGCAGCCGCAGAAUAUCGUCCUACACUUUUUUCAUAUCUUGCCCAACUUGUUAUUCGAGCUAUUCGUGUUGGUGAUAAAGAUAUAGUGAUAGCUGGAUUAAUUAGUCAUAGUCUUGUAAAUGUAAUAGCACGAUAUAUACGUAUGUGUACAGAAAAAGAAAAUUCAAAUCUCGGUUCUGUUAUUAUGACUAUUGUACGUUUAUCUACUAUAGUAUGUUCUUCAUCCCAUAUGUAUACAAAGCAAAAACAUGGAGCAGAUGCUCUCUGUGCUUUUAUAGUGGAACUUGUAUCUAGUUCAUCCUCAAGAGCAUUAACGUAUGGUGUUCAAACGGUUAUGACGUUAGCUUCUUUUCAUAAUGAGGAAUUAUUUUUUACUAUGUUGGUUUCUGCUCAUCUAUUUAAUGAAUUGGAUAAACGAUUACAAUGGUUAUUUACAUCAGAUGAGAUUCUUUUGGUAUUAGAACUUAUGCAUGAGGUAUGUAUAAGAGUUCCUUCCUUACAAAAAGAGAUGGUACCAACCUUAGGUACGGUUAUUUCUCUCAUAAGAAGAGAAGUACAUAGUGGACCCAAAUUACUUUUAAAGUGUUCAGAACUUAUUUCUCUUGUUAUGUUAAAUUCUGAAAAUAAUGUAUCUUCAGUUCAAGUGAUACUGCAAGCAUUUAUUAUGGAAUCUGAUUUUCAAUCUAGUGGAUCUAUUGUUUCUGGAUGUUGGGGUCUUCAAACGUGUAUAAAGGCUGUAAAAGGUAAUGCCAAUGUUCGAACCUAUUUUGUUUCUCAAAUAGAGAAUAUACUUACUUGCUUAUAUAGACUCUGUGAAAAUAUGAAAAAUAUUUUUUUAUCAGAGUUAAAAUAUUAUGAUCUUUGUGAAUUAUUUAAUGAAAUAUUAACCCAUUACCGUUAUCAAAAAGAUACUACUGGAACACAGAAAUAUAAAGAUAAGUAUCUUCUUCAAUGUGAUUUUUUACUACUGAUCUUACAUUUACUAACACUUCUUCAGGCAAAUGCUGAAGAAGUAUCUAGUAAAGAUCUUUCCAGUAAAUUAAAGUGGACUAUUUCUCAAGGUCCUUUUUUACAUUGUCGAUUAUAUACAUCUAUAGUAGUUCGAGCUUUUAUUAGUAUGUCUUCUGUAAGUUCAUAUGCUAUGUUUGAUGAAAUAUUUUUCUUAAAAGAAAAAUUAAUGAUAUUUCCGGUAACCUGUCAAAAUUUAAUUUGUGAAUGGAAAUUUCAAUCUUCUUAUGGUGAUAAUUUAUUUACUUAUAAUAUGCAACGUAUUGUAUAUCCUGAGUAUUUACAAUCUUUACAAGGAGCCAUUAAAGAAUCAUCUAAAACGGCAUCAUCUGCUUUACUUGGGUCUUCCAUAACUCAACUUUUUAUAGAAAUAUUUUCGAAUUCUUUGGAAAAUAUAUGCCUAUUAGUGGGAUUAAAAACAAUUCUUUUAUUAGCAGAGUUAUUUACAAUUGCAAUAGAUGAAAAUCAUACAUACAUGUUAACAUGUUUUAAUCAACUUGUAACAGUGAUAAGCCAAUUAGGGACUUGUGGGAUUCAUCAGAAUACGAUCUUUUAUCUUUUUCAAAUGUGUUUACGUAAACGGAAUGAAACCUUUAUGGAGUAUGAUCAGACUUCUACAAGGAUUUUAUUAUCCACAUGGAGAAAUCUUUUACAUGAUUCCCUUCCCUGUUCUCAACCAAAGUUUUUUUUUGAAAUUUCUAUUGGGUUUCCAACCAUAACAAUAUUUCAUACACCAGCGAUAAAUCGAGUAAAGAGGGAAUUUAAUCUUCACGGUGGAGUGGAUAUACCCAUUCAACUCACUAUACCAAAACCGGAUAAUUGUAUUUCAUCUGUUCUUUGGUUCCUUGUGGAAUCUAAUCCAUCUUCAUUACAGCAAGAAGGAGAGUUUAUUUUACUUUCACAUUUCUUUGAUCAAAAUAAAAUUUCUUUACUCUUAUUCCUUUCCGAUCGUGGAAAAUUGAAACUUCGAUUAACCGUAAGAGUAAAUCGACAAUUACGUUCAAAGGAUGUAUCUAUACCUAAUAUAAGAGUACCAACAUGUCAGUGGUGUAUGAUAUCUAUGUCUAUAUUUGGAAAUAAAAGAGAUAAAGCAUCCCUUUUAUCAAAAAUGCAUUUAAAUAUUCAAAUAUCUUUAUAUACAACAGGAAAUCAAUUUACUCCAUUGUUAAAAGAAGUAAUGGUUCAUGUUGAGGUUUCUCUUGGGGUAUUUAAAAGUGUAGAUCAUUUAUUUCAAGGAUUAAAUAUGAUUUCAAUGGGUAUGGCUCGUGUUCCUGUUAAUGAUUAUCCACCACAAAUUCUGUUCGGAUCUCUUGGAUUAUUUGGUGGUUCUUUAUCUAAAUUGGAGGUGGCAUUACUUUGUGCAAUGGGAAGUGAUAAUCUUUUUUCAUUUGCUUUUAUGGAUAAAAAUUUUGUGGUGAGUUUAUAUCCAAUGUUGGCAAAUAUCGUACAAGAAGAAAAAGAAAAAAAAGAAGAAGAAGAAGAGAAAAAGGAGGAAGGGUUUAUAUUGACGAAGGAAAUGAUAUUAUUAUCUUCUAUGUGGAUUCAACAGGAAAUACAUAAUACCGAUGGACAAGUUGUAUUUUCAGGAACGGCUUUUCCUUUUAAUAAGUACUAUAAUAAAGAACGAAUGCCUCUCAUUGUUGGUAUUUCAGAAGAUGGACUUUAUCUUCGGGGAAAUGUUGAACGUUGGGGAUCUCCUAUAGAUAGUAUGGAGAAAUAUGAUAAUGAUAAUAUAACUUUUUUCCAUAUACCAUCUGAGCGUUUGACGAAAAAUGUUCUCAUCACAUCUAUUCCUCUUAGACUCUCUGUGAAUGAGAAUAAUAUGGAUAAUAAUAAUAAUAAUAAUAAUAAUAAUAAUAAUAAUAAUAAUAAUAAUAAUAAUAAUAAUAAUAAUAUGGUAUUAGGCGUUAUUUGGGCAAAAGUAAAUGGACCACGUUUUCGUUAUGUUUCUCCAUUAUAUUCCAUGUUAGAUGCCAUUGGUGGGAUUCCAUUCUUUUCUUGGUUAACAUCUUUACAAACUCCAUGCUCAGAUGCCUUUGAAGAAGCCUGGGAAUGUGUAUGUGCGAUUAUACAAAAACACUCAGCGGAGAGUUUAUUAUCUCAAUUAUCUUCUUCACAUGGAGGAAGAUGUGAUAAUAUCGUUAUAUUACUGAGAACGUUAUUACAUAAACGAAUUGGAAUAAGUGAAAAAAUGGCUAUUUCGCUCUGUAAAGCUAUUGGAUAUCAUAUGAUUGUUCGAACAGAUCUUUUACCACUUAUGCUUGACUUUACAUUAUGGUCUAAAGAUGUUGGGGCAUUUCGAGUUAUUUUACAAAAAUUACAAGAUUAUUUAAAAGAUAAACAGUAUGGUUAUUUUAAUACACAAAUUCUUCGAACAGGGAUUCAUUCCCAUUAUAGCAGUGAUGAUUGUUAUGCGUUGGAGGAAUUCCUCUUACAUCUUAUGAUGUGUUGUAGUAAUAGUGAUAGUGAUAGUAAUAGUAAUAAUAAUUGGGAUGAUUCUCUUAUAUCUAUGGCGAUUCAAUUUAUUAUUCCAUUAUGUGAAACCACUUUUCAUUUAAGACGUAUUGUACAAACUGUGAUAUUUCUUGUUAUCUCUGAAGAGAAACCCACACGUAGUGCCAUUGAAUGGGCCCUUGGAUUAUUAGGAGUGGUUCAUAGUUUAUUACAAUUAAAUAGAUCUGUUAAAUUACAAGAGGAAGAUCUCGCCUCGGAUGUGGUCAUAUUAUUAAAAUGUUCAAAUGAAGCUAUACGGUGUAUGGCACUCUCUUUAUGGUCUUGUAUAGAAAUAUCAAAAGAACAAUUGGAUCUAAUGAUAAAUGAAUACUUUUUACGAAAAGAUUCCUCCUUAGAUGAUAAUAAAUUAUGUCUUUCAAAAGGAGAACUUGAUAUUAUUAUUAGUGUAAUUGAACAGAGUACUUCUAUUGGGGAUACUGCACAGGCAAGAAAACUUCUUAUAUUUCUCAUUGCUUUUUUAUUACAUAUGAAAGAUGAAUUUCAAAUUCGAGUUAUAACUCUUUUAAAUCAUAUUAUUAAAACUAAAGGAUCUCUUGCAUAUGAUCUUGUUUUUCCUUCUGAAACAGGAAAUAAUAUGGAGGUUUCUUUACAAAGAUAUUUACUUGGUCUUCUCUCUCGGUUAAAAGAGGAUCAUACAAAUAUGAUGAAAUUAUUGAUUGAACUACUUACUCAUAUUUCUUUAUAUAUGAUUGAAGUUUCCUGGAGUAAAGAAGGAAAAAGAUGUGGUGAUAUGUUGUGUGAUGUAAUUUUAAUCAUUCUUAAAAAUGUAUGGGAACCUAAAUGUUUAGAUCAGAACCACCAUAGAAGGAAAUUAGAUAUUCAUAAAAUAUACUUUGUAGUCCAUGAACUUUAUGUACCUUGUUUACAUACCUUUGCUUUAUUGGCGAGUAAAGGAUUCUCAGAAUCUUUUGCACAGGAUUAUUUAUUAUUUCUCCGAACGAUUGGAUCUAUUGUGAUUUUAUUAGAUUCAUGUGAAUCUGAUUCUAUUGAUUUUCCUGAGGGAAUGAUAAACCAUCACACUUGGACAGAUCAAUUACUUGCAAAAGCCUAUUUUACACGGUUUGGAAAAUCACUUUCUCUUAGUGGACGACAUAAUGGAGUUUGUCUUGCUUUACCUCUUUUUGAGUGUACACAUAAACUUUUCUUUGGUUUACAAACACAGAGUUUUGUAACGAUAAUGCCUAAGAAACGACUAAAUAGACUUUGUGAGGAACUUUUACUAUUACAAUGGAAAGUAGUCUCAUCUAUAUUAUAUAAUGCUGAAAAGAAUGAUGAUGAUAUUGUAAGAGAAUUAAUCUUAUUACAUCUUUCUCAUAGUGGAAGUAUAGAUUAUGGAUUUAAUUACUCUACUUGGGAAAAACAAGAAAUGAUUGUACAACCCCCUAGUGAUUCUAAAUGGAAAUAUUUAUUAUUAUCCUCUAAUACAUUAGUAUUAGAAGUUUUAAAAACAUCUCCAGGUGAUGUGAUGAAGGAAUCUGCUCCUUGGUUAGUUGUGUUAAGGGCAGCCUCCAGUUUACUUCAUUCAUCUAUACAAGAAAACACUCCUCAGUUAAGUAUGGCUUUAUCUUUAUGUCGUCUUAUUCGUUUUAAUUCUAAUAUUUGGUCACUUAUCAAAGGUGGAGUUUCACCCUCAUCUGUGAUGGAAUUGGAUGCGACAUUAAAGAUAGAUUACCAGAAUUCUCUAGAUGAGACUUCAAACAAUAUAUGGCGUGAAUCUUUAUGGGGAAUUGAACUCACUCGUAAUGGUGUGGCCGCUUUGGAGAAGUCGGCGAUAAAGUCUCGAAACUUUGCCUUUUCACUAUUACAGCGGUGUGGCUCACACACACCACCCACCUUUAUUACUGUAGAUCCCAAUAGAAUCGUUCACCAUCAUGGACAGACAAGUAUGGAUAAGAAUCAAUUUGAGUCGUAUGUGUAUAGAAGUGUUACCCUUUAUAAAAAGACGAUAGAAGAAGAUGGAAAUGCAAUUCUAGCUGCUCAUGCGGCUUAUCGUUUUUCUUUAUUACCAUGGUGGGGAUAUUGUAUUCAUCUUUAUACACAAUCUACUGUACCUUUAAACCGUUGGGAGUUAGAUCAUUUCAUGGGAACAGAGUGGCAACGGAUACGUCUUCGUCGAUUUAUUCAUAAUGUUAGAAUAACAGAUAUGAGGGAAAAUACAGAGGAUCAAUUUCUACAACCUAUUUAUCGAGAAGAUAUGAGAUGUAGUAGUAGUAGUAGUAGUAGUAUAGAUGAUGUAAAAUUAUUGGAAAUAUAUUCUAUUACAGCUAUUCCACAGUUACUAACGAGUCGUAUUGAAGGAAGAAAUGUUUUUAGAAUAAAUUGUGAAUUAAUACUUCCUAUGGAUCGUAUUUCAAUCAUAUUAAACAUCACAUCUCAUAAUAUAUCAUAUGUUGUAGAAUGUUUUCAAAAUGGUUUGACAGAAUUAGAAAAAGAAUCAGAAGGAAUAUUUUUAAAUGAACAAGAGAAGAAGAAAUCUUCUAUUCUUGGUAAAGUAUAUGAUCCUUUAGCCCAACUUUUAAAAACAUUUCAAUCUAAACAUGAAAUUCCUUGCCUUCAAAGAGUUAUAGAUAUAUCUACUGUACGAGCUGUUUGGCCACGUCGUAAUUUACUUCAACCUUGUGCAUUAGAAUUAUUACUCUCUACAGGUGAAACUUUAUUUAUAGCCUUUAAUUCUGAAGAAAUAAAAGAACAAGUUUCUAAUACUAUUAGAAACGUGGCACGACGAUAUCUUGAUAAAAAAUUAUUUUUAACAGAUAAUAAUUUGUCUAUGUGGCGUAACUGGUGGUGUGAAGGACGUAUCUCAAAUUUUCAUUAUUUAAUGUUUCUUAAUUUUGCUGCGGGUCGUUCAUACGGGGAUUUACGUCAAUAUCCCGUUUUUCCUCAUGUGAUAGCGGAUUUUGUAUCUGAUACUCUAGAUUUAACAUCUGCGGCUUCUUUUCGUCGAUUUCAUAAACCCAUGGGAGCUCAAACAGUUGAUCGAGAGCAAAAGGCAAUUGAAAAAUAUAAUGAUAUUGCUACUAUAGCAGAAGGUGAAGGAAAUAGUGUAUCUAUGGAUUUAAUGCCUCAUCAUUAUGGAUCUCACUAUUCCCCUCUUGGCGGUGCACUUCAUUAUCUUGUGCGUGUACAACCAUUUACAAAUUAUUUUGUGGAUAUGAACUCUACGUUAGAUGAUGCUGGACGUGUUUUUGACUCUAUGGCAGCGGCUUAUAGGAUUUCAACAGGAAAAGAUGUAAAAGAACUCUUACCAGAAUUAUAUUGUUUACCGGAUGUUUUUAUUAAUUCUAAUUGUAUACCUUUUGGAACAAAACAAGAUGGAGUUGUUGUAAAUAAUGUUCAGCUUCCACCAUGGGCCUCUACCCCACGUGAAUUAACCUUCAUGUUAAGAGAAGCACUUGAAAGUCGUUAUACUUCAGAAAAUUUACAUUUUUGGAUUGAUUUAAUAUUUGGUUAUAAACAAAGAGGUAAGGAAGCCGUAGCUGCAGUAAACGUAUUUCAUCCAUUAACAUAUGAAGGAUCUGUGGAUCUUUUCACCAUAACAGAUCCUGUUCUUCGAUCAAGUCAUCAAACACAGAUUGAUUGCUUUGGUCAAGUACCAUUACAAUUAUUUACUCAUCCACACAAACCACGUAUAAAGUCAACGGAUUCUAUUUUUAUUCAAAGUCCUUGCCCUACACUACGCUACAAUGCCUCCCAUUCAAAAUCUUGUGUUAUUCUACAUCCAGAUAAACUUAUUCCAGUACAGUAUUGUAAGGUAGAUGGAACUGUAAUCAUAUUUCCUCGUUCCAAACAUACGAUAACGGCUCUUGGGGCAGAAGAAAGUGGUGAAAGAAAGUUUUCUCAGUCACUUUCACAAACUCGACCUUUGGUAUUACCUAAAAAUUGCUUACCUUUUAAAGUAGUAAAUGAUCAAGUAAAAAAUUAUCUUUCCUAUCGAGAGAAUUGUAUUCUUCUUUUGGAUGGAAAAGAUAUAUCAAGAGAAAUUUCUUCUUUUCAUGUGAGUAAUGGAAAAAUUAACACCUUUGCUGUGGAUUCACCUACUGUUUAUGUUGGAAUGGAAUCUGGAGCCAUACACGUUAUAAAAAUUAAUGGUGAAGAAUGGAAUGAAAUUGAAUUACUUAUGCAAGAUGGGAAUGGAGAACCAAUAAAUAUGAUAGAUGUAGCUGAAAAGAUUCUACAUGGGGAAUCUAAACUUACACGAGUACGAGGUCAUGUUAAAAGGCGUGUUUGUGUUUUGUAUGGACACACCGCAUCCGUAACAUCUCUUUCUGUUUCAUCAGAAUGGGGUAUUUUAGUAUCAUCCGCUGAAGAUAAUAAUGUAGCUGUAUGGGAUAUUAAUCGUUAUCUUUUGCUACGAACCAUUUCAUCAUAUCCCUCAAUAUCAGUAAGAUAUCAGGAAUCUCUUUUAACAAAACAUAUCUGGCAACAUCGAUGUCAAGAUGAAAAUGAUUGGCACUAUAAUCUUAUUUCAGUAAAUGCCAAAGAAGGGGAUAUUAUAUUAGCGGGAUCUUCAAAAAAUGGUGGAACACAUGCUGUUCAACUCUAUUCCCUUAAUGGAUCUUUUCUGGCUUCAUCUGAACUUGCUAAUGGACCUGCUACUGCUCUUCUCUCCGUUGGUGGAGUUGUCUUUGUUGGAUAUGGAACAAGUGUGCGAGUGUUGAAGGAAAUAAAUCUGCAGUUGAUAUGUGAACUCACUCACCCUGCGCUUGAGGACUGUAUUGAAUCACUGGCACUCAAUCCCUGUGGGACUCUUUUGGCUGCUUGUGAUCGAAAGGCUACACUUGUUACUUGGAAGGUGGCUUCUUAG